AGCCCCUCUCUCUCUCUCUCUCUCUCUCUGAUUGUAUCUUUGCGACUGAAACUGUGUGAUUUUGUUCGAUGAAAGAAAAAAUAUCUGCUCUGAGCGGAAGUACUCUCAUAUAAGUCCAAAACUGCUUCCUUUUCCGCGAAAGAGAGCCGACGACACACUGUCCUACAUUGUCAGUGGAAGAUGGCCAUGAAACCCAAGAGUCACGCUCACAACGGCAAUGGCUACGCCAGCGACGCCAGCGACGGGGGAAGUAGCUCGCCCAGUCCGCCUCCUUCGCCGCCCCGUCACUCCGGACUCUCCCACUGCCGUCGCCGAGUGCGGUCCAAGGUCCAGUAUGUUCAGUCGCUGAAGGAGGGCUUCGGUGGCUCCAUUCUGUUGCGCCGGAACCUGAGGUACCUGCUGCUUCUACCGCUGCUUUACGUGCCUGGCCUGCUCAUGUGUGUGGGGUCCUUCUCGGCUCUCCUAGGACGGCCUACCCCUCCUGGCUCGGUGUAUCGUAGCCAUGAGAUGUUUAGAAGGCUCUGGCGUGACAUUGAAGCCGACAAUUCCUCCGCGAUUGAGCUGUCCUCAGUCUGGAAAUUCAAAAGGAAGCUAAAAGAGCAGAGACCUUGUCCAAAUUCAACUUCUGGACAACGUUUUGAGUCUUCUGGCCCUAGUGGUUACUUGAUUGUUGAGGCUAAUGGUGGUCUUAAUCAACAACGCUCUGCGAUCUGCAAUGCAGUGGCGGUCGCUGGACUUUUGAAUGCAAUACUAGUUAUCCCUCAAUUUGAUUUUCAUAGUGUUUGGAGGGAUCCAAGUGAGUUUGGUGACAUAUAUGAUGAAGAUCACUUCAUAGCCACACUUGAGGGCUACGUGAAAGUGGUGAAAAAGCUACCUGAUGCAUUGAUGGAAACGCAUGAUUAUAACAUUACUAAUGUACCAACCUUCCGCAUCCAAGCUUGGGCUUCUGUCAGCUAUUACAUGGGAGAGGUUUAUCCUGUCUUGCAGAAGCAAGGGGUUAUCCGAGUGGCCCCCUUUGCAAAUAGAUUGGCAAUGAAUGUCCCACCUCAUAUUCAAUAUCUAAGAUGCCUGACUAACUAUGAAGCAUUGAAGUUCUCUUCUCCCAUUUCAAUUCUUGCAAAUAAAAUAGUGAAUAGAAUGGUUGAGAAGAGCUCAAGAACUGGUGGCAAGUAUGUUUCUGUCCACCUCCGCUUUGAGGAGGACAUGGUGGCGUUUUCAUGCUGUGUGUAUGAUGGAGGAAAGGCCGAAAAAAUUGAAAUGGAUUCAGUUCGUGAAAAAGGUUGGAGGGGGAAGUUCAAACGAAAAGACCGUAUCAUUCUACCCGGUCUCAAUCGAAUUACUGGAAAAUGUCCGCUGUCUCCCUUGGAGGUUGGGAUGAUGCUACGAGGUAUGGGUUUUAGUAAUGACACUUCAAUUUAUCUGGCAUCAGGGAAAAUAUACCAAGCAGAAAGACAUUUAGCUCCUCUGUUAAAGAUGUUUCCCCAUCUCCACACAAAGGAGUCUCUUGUGACCCCAGAUGAGCUUGUUCCUUUCAAGGGAUAUUCUUCAAGAUUGGCAGCUUUGGACUACAUGGUAUGCUUGUUUAGUGAGGUUUUUGUGACAACUCAGGGUGGAAACUUUCCACAUUUUCUGAUGGGUCACCGGAGGUUUCUAUAUGACGGACAUGCUAAGACCAUAAUGCCUGAUAAACGAAAGCUUGUUGUUUUACUGCAGGAUAUGGGUCUCAGUUGGAAAGGUUUCAAGUAUCAGAUGAAAGAAAUGCUCGAUGAAAGUGACCGCAAGGGGAUCCUGGUACCUAGAGUGAGAAAGUUCAACAGAAAAACUUCCGUCUACACGUACCCUUUACCUGAAUGCAGAUGUCUCCAGAAAUCCCACAACACUAAAAGAAAUUCAAAUUCUACAUUCUUUAAUUACCACCUGAAAUCCAUCAGAUAGAAAACUGAAUUUCAUACUUUCACAGCUUUUCUCCCUCGUGCAGCUUCCAAACAGAUGCUUUUCAUUGGCAUUGGGCAUGGUUCUUUUUCUUCUGUUUUUCUAUAUGCCCAUCUUGGUGGUUCAGGCGAGAUGCAGACUUUCCAAUUCCUCAUUUCACGUUACUCUUUUGCCUUCUGCAUGGACAUACUGGAUCUCCUAUCUAGCAUGGGUUAUGCAUGGAGCUGAAAGAAAAAAUUGACUUUGUCAAGAUAGAACAUGAUUCGACUUCAAUGUCUAUGAGGAAAAAUCAGAACUCAAGCAUUGAGGAAGAAAUAUCAGGAUCCUUUUGCAGUUUGAAACAGUUUCUCUGUGAUUGUUAACCGAAGGGGUAUAGCCAUAUAGGCAUGAAGUGUCAAUAAUAUUUCGUUAAUCCUUGGCAUUAAAUGUUUGCCAAUCAUUUUUGUCAUCUUACUCACAGUUUUGAUGUAAUGAGAGGAAAUCUACAAGAAUUUGAGAAAGUUUAUUAUUGAAAAUACAUAAUGUUGUGGAA